ACUUUAUUUUAAUAAAUACUAUUGUUCAUAUGUGAAUAUAAAAUCUGUGACACUGUAACCAAAGCAUUUUAACAUGAACUUGGAUUUAUGAAUGACAAACGGCUUUGAUUUGUUGGUUGUUAAUGUCUUUCUUCAUCAAAGGUUCAAUAAAUACUUUAUAUUCUAACUUUCUUCAUAUAACUACAAUCUUUUAACUUCAGCUUCCUUCCUUCUCUCACUCUUCUGUGUAGAGAUCACAAGUUUAAGUAUUCAGACAUCACCAGCUUUUGCAGUGCGAGUGGAAAUGGGAGAAUCUGACACAGACGAGUUUUAUUGGAAACAGCAGGCACAAACUGCUGCUGCACAUCACAGCCCUGUGGACAGUCAUUCAGCUCCACCGACACAAGUCUGCAUCAAAAAUGGUGACUGAACCAUCAUAUGUUGUGUUCAUCAUAUUGACGCAGACCGCGCGCACACUGAUCAUCGGUCGGCUUCAUCACGUCCUCCUUGCAGCAGCUGAUGGACCACGACAGCUUCAGCAGAGCCGCUGGUAGCUUGUUAGAACGAUGAAGCAUGACAUGGACAGGACAGUCGUUUGCGUAAACGCUGGCAGGAGAGUAUGAAGAACACGAACACUCACUGUGAAUGACUGACUUUAUUAAAGGACUGCAAACAAACGCGACACCGAGACGUUCAAACUGGAUGUAAACAAUGCUCCAUUAGAUCACCUGGAUUAGGGCAGUCAUCCCUCGAAGAAGAAACCGAGAUGGUUUUCGCAUAGAUGGCGGUAAUGCGCCCCGCCGCUUGUCGCUACCUACCACUAAAACCAAAGAAGAAGAGUUGUAGCGUUAGCUUCUCGGCUGUGGACGCAGUAAUGCUUCCGAGUUGGUUUCAGUUGAGGAGCUACCAUGGGCGCUCGGUGCGCAGCCUAACAUGCUCAUAACGCUGUGCUACGUCUACAUGUGGGUGCGCUUUCAUAGGUGCUACUCUGCGCUGAUCCGGAGCGGUCUGAACAGCAGCAGCUUCAGCUUCAGCCUGUGCUCGCGCCGCGCCGCGCGCGCGCGUUCAGGCUCGCUUCAGCUCGAGGACAACGUGUUUCUUCAGCAGGGAGAUAAGGCCGUGUAUGUAAGCGAGCCUCAGGUAUGUGAGGACCUCAGCCAGUGGACUGUUCUCCUGCGGUCCUCUACCGUUUGUGCUCCACGAAUAGACAAUAUUUUUUUCAUCAUAGAAGCUACAGAACAUAAAGUGGGCUCUCCUUCUCAUCGGCCGUCUAAAAAGAAAGUGCUGAAGUUGUCCGACUGCUGUCUCCCUGUGGCGUGUUGCCCUGGCCAGCCGUUCAGGGCAGUCGCUCAAGCCAGCGUGGAGAGCUACAGCCAGCUCGGGAUAGCUUUCAUAGAAGAUCGCCUCCAGCUGGACAAUGGACUUACGCCCUCAAAGAUAGUCCCUGUCCUCCUGCAAGAAUCCACUCUGAGUGCACUGCUGGACCAGCAGUGUCCACAGAGCCCACGGGCACAGUCGUCACUGCUUCCCUGUAGCACUGGAGAGCCCAUAGCUCGCCACCAUCAUCUGCAGUGCCGUAAAGGCAGCUUCCUUCUCAUCCCAGAGGUAAAGAGGAGGUUAGAGGACCGGCGAGGGUCAGAGCCGCUCCGCAGCUCCCAGGAUUUGGAAUCUCUCGGUGACUUGGAGGAACACUCCCUGGGGAAUCAUCACCACAUGGAGGGCCACGGACACCACCUGCAUCUGUCCAGCUGCCAUGAAUGUCUGGAACUGGAGAACAGUACUAUACUCUCUGUCAAAUAUGCCUCCGCUGAGAAUAUUCCAGACCUACCGGAUGAUAACUCUGUUGGAAACGAGUGUCUCGAUGAACUUGAAAAUGAUUCCCGAGGGUUUUUUGGUCAAAGCGGUGGCAAACUCCCAAAUGUUCUCGUCUACACGGGGGGCUGUCAGGAACGUUUUCAGACAGUUCGCCAGCUUUUAUCAGAAUGUAUAAACACGGAAAGUAACAUCAUCUAUCCGCUCCAGCCAGAGCAGGCACUGAAUGAUCCCUGGCUGGAAAACACAAGACUCCUGGUACUGGCAGAAGAGGAAACCCUAAGUCCCCAGCUUCAGACCCGCUUUCUCACCUACCUGAGCCAGGGGGGCAAAGUCCUCGGGCUAGCCUCUUCUCUGUGCCCUGCAGGACUCUACCUGGAAGUCAGGCAGAGCCAGUGCAUGCAGGUCAACAAGCUGAAUUUCACCAAAGAAGACAGCACAGAGCUGAAUCUGAGUAUACUGGCGAGUGGGAAAGUCUACAUCAGGGAUCCUCGGGGGGGAGGAGAAGUUGAACUGUGGGGGGAGCUGAAAGGGGAUGUCCCCCAUAAGAAGGAUAUGGUUAUUGUACGACUGACCCACGGAGGGGACAGUGGAGAAGCUGUCCUUUGUCAGGUCCACUUUGAAACUGCUCCCAACUCUCAGAAUUUGCCAUUGGAUGCUUUUGAUGAACUGAAGGUCAACAAUGCCUCGCGGUAUGAAGUCUUGACAGAAAUCCUCACCUCUCUAGGCCUCAAAUGUGAACCAAGUCAGACUCCAAGUCCAAGUGCGGUACACCUGCUCGCUACCUCUCAGGUAAGAUACUCAGCGUUCUUGUGUUCAAGACUAAGAACAGCUUCAUGUCCUAUUGGCUCAUCUCUCCAUGUGAAAUAG